AAGCUAUUUUCCAAAGAAGUUCAGAGCGCACAGGCCACAACUCCUCAAUAGACUAUGCUACUAGAAAAGAGAAAAGAAUUUAUCGUGAUGAAGAUGUGGUGGUGUUAAAAUACAUGCCACAGUCCUGCUUUACAAACACUUUAAAAAGCAGAAUCCGAGGAACACAGAGAAAAGGCCAUGAGAAGACACAGCAAGUAAGAAGGAAGCUACACGCAGGCUGAGGAGAGGAGAGAGGCUGCCGAGAAACCAAACCAGCAGCACCGUCUUCGUUACCUUCAGCUUCCAGAACGGCUUCAACUGUGAGGAAAUGUCAUUCAGAUUUGGCCAACAUCUCAUUAAGCCCUCUGUGGUCUUUCUUAAAACAGAACUGUCCUUCGCUCUCGUGAACAGGAAACCUGUGGUGCCAGGACAUGUCCUUGUGUGCCCACUGCGGUUAGUGGAACGCUUCUGUGACCUCCGUCCAGAGGAAGUGGCUGAUUUGUUUCUGGCGACCCAGAGAGUUGGGACAGUGGUGGAGAAGCAUUUCCAGGGGACCUCUCUCACCUUUUCCAUGCAGGACGGCCCUGAAGCUGGACAGACUGUGAGGCACGUGCAUGUCCACGUGCUUCCCAGGAAGGCUGGAGACUUCAGCAGGAAUGACAGCAUCUAUGAUGAGCUCCAGAAACAUGACAGAGAGGGGAAGGACUCCCCGGCUUCUUGGAGAUCAGAGGAGGAAAUGGCAGCAGAAGCUGCAGCUCUGCGGGUCUACUUUCAGUGACACAGUAACUCAGACAAAUUCCAAAGCAUAAGGAAAUGGGCCUCACUCUUGAGGACUCUGCAGCACUGGAAAUGAAGCUAAGCAGACUUCGUUACCUCUUAGAAUUCUGCAGCAUUUAGGAAAGAUUUUAUUACACCUGGGUUGUGAUUUAGUUAUGAUGACUCACAGGCCAACUCAAACCCAUGGCCACAGCCCUUCCACCCCUUUGUUGAUUAUAUACUUAGAAUAGAAUUGUUCCUAAAUUGUCCCUGGCCUGGCUAGAAAUAAAAUAGUAGUUAAAAUUG